UCUCUUUCAGUGUGAGAACUACUGUCCGCACUAAACCCCCCUCUCUCUCUUUCUCUCUGUCUAAACAUCUCCGAUCGCUGUGUUCUUUCCCUUGUAAUGGUCAUAGCUUAGCGAAACUCAAAAACUUUUGAUGAAUAUAGCCGAAGACAAGAUGGCCAGUACUGAGUCAAAUAGCCCAUCUGCCCCAGGAGAAAAGCAAUCAGUAUCUCCAUCACAGCACACAGAUCUGACUGAAUCUACCUCAUCUGAGAAUUUUCAAGCAGAUGCACUCCGGAAAUUUAGUUAUUCAGAACUAGCAGAGGCAACAAAUAGUUUCUCCAACUCGGUAUAUCUUGGCGAUGGUACUUUUGGUAUUGUCUACAGGGGAUGCCUUCCAAUUGGUGAUUUCGCUGUUAAGAAACUUUAUUAUACGGGGGAUGGACAGCAUAAAGAGGAAUUUGAGAAUCAGAUUAAUGUAAUCGGCAUGGCGCGUCACCGACAUGUUGUUAGUCUGAUUGGCUACUGCUGUGAAGGAAACAAUAGAUUCCUUGUUUUAGAGUUUGUUCCCAACAGAUCUUUGAGAUUUCAUCUAAGCAGUGAGUCCUUUCGAUGCACAUAUAAAAGAAACCCUUCCACAUAAUCCUUUAGAUUAUUAUUAUAUAUUGGUAUCUGGGCAGCUCUAACUAUAUGAUUAUGAUUUUA